UGAGUCGGGUUGUUUGUGCCUGAGCGAUUUACGUAAACGAUCCUGAAAUAUAAAUAUUAUAAUUUUCAAUGGCUAUUUCGAAUGCUUCUCACGUAGCUACACUAGUGUUUAAACUAUGGUUUUAAGCCAAAAAUCUAGACGCCUUCGUCUUAAACGUUGACCACUGUUAUGAUUUCCAGAAUCAAUACGUAACUCUUUCUUGUAAAACUCAUGAAUUAGACUCGAUAGAUACAAAUUAAUAUGAUGACCUUGUGACCUCUCACAAUAAUUAAUCAUGCUUUUUACCCCUAUUUACAUUGCAAUGACGUUCAUCAAGACCUGGCGAAUUCGAUCUUUUAGAGCCCGUCUUUUGGAAUUCUUAAGUGGGAAUACCAGUGUCGCAUUUUGUAAAGUACCGGAAAAUGCUGCUGAAACACCUACAUUAAGCUCAAAAUUGUGUACUAAUCCUAAGAAUGCACAUCUAUGUGAUCUAUUGGAUUAUACAAAUGCAUCUAGGAUAUGUAGUAUGAAACCAACUCAAUGUAUUGAUAUUGGAGAUUGGGUUACAUGUGCUGGUGGCUUACCUUUGGGCAUGUAUGAUUCAUCACCAAUCACAGAUGUUGAUAUUGAAGUACUAUUUGAGUGUGAAAUGGAUCCACAUGAAGAGAGUUCAUUUUAUGAUAUUAUGUCUUUGGAAUCAAUGGGCCAACCAAUUGCCUGGAAAGCUGGGUCGCAUUUGGCAAUUGUUUUGAAGACUAACAUGGAACAUCUUAGUAUUAUUGGUUUUCAAUUUGUUGGUGGGGAAUUCAUUAUUGAUCAUAAGCUUCCAGUUGUGAGAAUACAAACUGUACAACUUUCGGGUGAACCAAAUAAAGCAACUGAUUUAUCAAUGAGAGGGCUCCGUAGUGACAUUCAACAUGGCUUAAGAUUGGCCAAUGAGGAAUUUCAAUGGCCUAUACAUGCAUCAUUGCUCAGGAAACUAUCAAAAGUGGUAGAUAUUAAAUCAGAUAGAAGUAUAACUGUAAUGAAUGGAGGUAGUGAACAAGUUGAAACAUCUGUUGAUAGAAGGAAUGUUACAUUAACAGAUGUAAGCACAAUAACAACAAAAUCUCUAUCAGCUGAUGACGAUGACUCUCCAGAAAAGGUAUCAGACCAGAAAGAAGAAAAAUCACCACAGAAAAUACCUGCUAAAACAGAUCUAAAUCAACUAGAUGGUGGUUUAGUUGUUGAAAAUGUCACUGUCGAAAUACAACAUAAUAUAAUACCAAAGAAAGCAAGUUUAAAGCUUGAUUUAAAAAAAGGAACUAGUCAAAUGUCGACAUCUCUCCUUAAUAUAUCUAGUCAAAUUAAAUCAAUAACAACACAUAAGAGAAUUGUUAGUACAACAGGGCCUAAGAAAGCUCCUCAAGCAGAUUCAUGCUCCCAACAAAAGGAUGAGAUUCCUAAGAGUCCUUGUAUGUCUACACCAAAAUCUGUAAAGAGUUCCCGUCCACUAGUUAAUACAAAGUCUCCAAAUGUUUUAAUAUACUCUGACAGUGUUGUAGCUAGAGAUAAUUUGGAAGCAUCCUUGAAGAAAGUUCUGGAUUGUGAUAGGUAUACAGUAUAUAGCGUGUCCCGCGAAGCCUUAUGUGGUGGAGCUUGGCGUGGGCGGGCGGCACUAGUCGCUGUUGCGGGUUGUGCUGGACGAGCGGCACCCUUACUGCUUGCUCAUUUGUUAGAUGGGGGAAAAUUGUUAGCAAUAUGCUCCGACCUACUGCAUACGGUUUUGCCGCAUUAUAAGACUGCUGAGGUACGAGAGAAUGAAGUGGUACAGUUUUCGUAUGACAAGUGGAAAGCCGUGAAAAUGAAACAUCACAUUUUCUGCUAUCAAGCAUCGCCAGCAAAGAAACAAUUCUCUACUGAGAGCGAUAGACAGCCGUCCAAAUACACGGGUCAUCCUGGCCAUGAGUUGGACAUAAAAGUUCUGGCUUCAGAGGAAACUUGGCGCACACCAUCCCUGUUGGAGGCCACAGAUCUUACUAAUCAUGGUGUUGCUAUUUUCUCGCAGAUUCACCUCGAGUCUGAUCCUACUGACUACCUCGGCGAGGAAGGUAUAAAAAGUAAUGAAGCCAGAUUGGAAAUCCUUCAUAAAAUUCUGGGAGAUAUACUGAGCCUCCACGUGAAAGACCCCAAGGAACUUGUCGAAAUUGAAUACACUAAAGGAUUCUUCCUUGGAGAUCAUGUGCACAAAAUGUCCCUAGUUGAAGGUUGGUGUCCAUUGAAGGACGGCAAACGGGUGCAGAGUGUCGGUAACCUGAGUGUGCAGUGGUGUAUGCGGGACGAGAAGCCAAUGGACCAACCUUCGGAUGUUUUUCUACCUAUUUCUUUAUAUGAAUGCCCUGAAAAUUUCUCAACUGUUGAAUAUUUUGAUAAUCUAACAUCUAAAAACAUUGGCCGCGUGUUAAUAUACGCGGAUGUGUUAACGUCCACUCAACAUAUCAUCGAAGGCUCAUUAAGUCACGGCGUGGGUGCAGUUGCGAAGAGUCAAAGCUCAGGUCGAGGCCGGGGAGAUAAUAAGUGGAUAUCACCUAAUGGACAGGCUGUCAUGUCGCUACAGGUAUGGCAAAAAAUGAACCCUACAAUUCCCUUAAUACAACACGCGACUGCGCUCGCUCUGGUGCGAGCUGUACGUUCAGAUCCACCCUACCAAAACCUUGAUAUAAGAAUAAAAUGGCCAAAUGACAUUUAUUAUGGACGGAACGUAAAGAUCGGCGGUGUCAUUACUACUGCGAAUUGUAUAGGGGAUGACGUCAUUAUUAAUAUAGGAACUGGCGUAAACAUAUUUAACAGUGUCCCAACGACAUGUGUAAACGAUAUGAUAAGCGAGUACAACACUAGAGAGGGCGCGUCACUAGCGCCGAUAUCAAUAGAGAAGUUCCUGGCCCGGUAUUGUUCGCAACUAGAAAUAAUUCUCGAUAAUCUUAUCUCCGAGAGGGGUGUCGAUAAUUUUCUUGAAAAAUAUUACGAGUAUUGGCUUCAUGACGGCGAAGAAAUCCGUAUACAAUCCAGGGAAGGCAGUCCUGUACCGGGUACGAUAUCCGGUUUGGACGAGUUCGGUUGGCUGAUAGUACGUACAGUGGAGGGCGAUGUGAGAGUGCAACCGGAUGGCAACACAUUCGAUAUCAUGAGCGGCCUUAUUGCUCCUAAACUUUAAUGGGGACAAGAUAAGUGUAAUUAAGAGUCGAGACUUAAGUAAGGUGAAUAUUUAAAAAAUGUGUUGGACAUAUGGGACUCAUCUAGCGGUAAGUCUCGACUCUGAAUCCGUAAAGGAUAAGUCAUGUAGAUUAAGUGAACUUAAAAGUGGCAUAUACAUGAUCAAUUAAGAAGGGAAAUCACUUGUGACUCCUAUCUCCUAAUUAAACAUUUAUAGUAUUGCAACAAUUUUCAAAAAUAUUAUAAGUAGUUUUCAAUCGGAAACUAGGAGCAGUUUACUGAGUAAGCUAUAUAUGUUACCGUAAUGCUUACAUGCAAAUGAACAUCAAAUUAAUUAUUUGAAGUUCUAUCGAUGCUAGAAUAGGAGAACCAAUAAAGAAAUAGUAUUCUAGUGAAAAUAUUAAGAUCUUAUUCGAGCCUCUACAUACUAAGUAUGUUUUAUCUCAUUUAUUUAUUUAAUUGGUAGAAUGACAAGCGUUUAAAUGUUGCAAAUAGUUUUUUUUUAUAAUGGCAAUAAUAAAUUGUUCAUAGUGUUCGAAAUUUAAAAAGUUUACAGUCGGUCCCUCGAAAACAAAAGCAAGAUAGCCUAGAAUUUAUUUAUUGGUUUUAUUAUACUUAUUAAUCAUAUUAUUUAUCAACGUGGGAUAACGUUCGAAAUUUGAAAUAUUGAACGCAUAUUAUCUGUCAAAAGCAGAUUGAUUUUCGACGCCUGUGUAAUAUUAUAAUUAAUAUUCUAAAGUUGAAUUUCGAUGUGAUUACGAUACUCGUUUUGUAAUUUUAGUAGUUUUUGUUUGUUAAGACGGGUAAGGUUUGUGAUAUUAUUUGUAGAUCUAUAUCAGUGGUGACAAUUUUUCAGGGUAUAUAUUUUAGGCAUUGGUUUCAUAAAAUAUAAUUUAUUUGGUGACGAAUCUCAUUAAUCAAAGUAUUUAAACUAUAAAAAAUAGCCAGACUGUGACAUCUGGCGGAAAACGUUUCGUUCACACUAGCUAAAAUAUUGCGUAGUUAGGAAGAAAAAUUCCAAAGAUAGCGGUUGAAACUAGGUUGUAUUUUAUAGAAAUAGUAAUGACAUUGGUGAUUGUUAAACGAUGUAAACAAAUUGUGUAGUUAUUAGGAGUCUGGCCAUAUAAAAUUAUAAUGUGCAACAAAAACAUAUGAACGAUCUUAGGUCUGAUGCUAAUACUUAUUUAUCAAAUUCUUAUUACCAUGCUACAAGAAAAGUGCCAUGAGCGGCCAUGACCGAUACAGAAAUCAAGCUUAAAGCUUCUACUAUUAGAAAUUACAAUUUCUAAGUUAUAUUGAACCCUUGCUCUAACUAGACUAGCUAGACUAGACUACUAUAGACUCCGAUAAACAGUUUAUGUCUUUUUGUUACAUUAAAUAUAAUAAUAGGUCACUUAGGUAUUGAUUUCUCAAAGAUUAGGGUUUUAAAAAUGUAGGAACUUUCAUAUCACUUAGUCGGCCACACCACUGCCAGUGAUGUUUGCAUUAGAUUUAAAAAAAUAAAAUUCUCUAAAUGCUUGCUAAUUGCUUGAUAAUUUUUAUUCAUCUAAACUUGUUAAGAUUUUUCUAGUUUUUUUAAAUUAAAAGGUAAGAACUAAAACUAUUCUAGAGAGUGACUUUCAAAAACAUGUUCGAAGUGUCUGUCAAAAAAAUCGAUGAGCAUUUGACAGGUGCUCCGUAUUAAACACGUGUCUUUAGAUCUUAAACAUAUGUAUUAUGUUAUUUAUAGAUAUAUAUAUACACUUUCCCGCAGAUAUCUUGGCCAGAGACAUUAGGCCAAAUGAUAUGCUGAUUUAUAUAAACUGGCAUUUUUAACAGAACUCAGUUUUAUACAAUGUAUAAUGGUAGAACAUUAUUGUGUUACAAUUUAGAAUUCAUCACAAACAUUUAUUCAUCAGGUCAACAGCAUUAAGUUUCGCAUUUUAUACGCAUUUACUUAGUAAUGAAUUCGCGCUUCUACUUAAGUUUUUUUUAUUAUAUUGCUAUCUUAUCAUAUUCAGUUCAUUUAUAGUACGUUCGAUAUAAAGCUAAUAUCAACAUGGAAAUUGAAUUUAGACUGAUUUUAUCAAAAACAUUCCAAAUUUUAAAAAGCUAUAGAAAAUAUAGAUAAUGCUUUGUUAGUCUGUGAUACAUUUGAAAGAGAAAGCGAUCAAGGCUAGAUGACGGUUUUGAAAUGUGUUCUCUUUCUAAUCGUAUCUAACAAUUCAUAGUCUGUCAACAAUAUCCCAGAACUGUUAGGUAUGACUUUAAAGUGAUGUGGUUUUUAUAUAUUAUCACGUUUUAAGAAAAGAAAAGAAAACAGAGUGACAAGAGUUGUUGUUCCCAUUAGAAUAGUUCUAAGUCUUAAUAUUGUUAAAAAGUACUUCUAAUAUUCUAAAUAACCUUGUUAUCAUAUGUGUGUGUAAUGUGUGCAUGUGUGUAUUCGUCCAUUUUGUAUAGCCUUGUCUGAAGUUGAAUAAAAAUAUUUGCAGAUUGAUGAUAUUAUACGAAGUAACAUUUAGAUGUCAGUAAAAUUCAGAUUUCAAACUGCGCUAAGUAUGUCUCCCGUAUAUCAAAAACAUGGGAUUUGACCAACUGAAGUAAGCGUUAGUCUUGAAUCUGAAUUUUAGGGUGAGUUAGUUAAUCAGGCGCCCGAUACUUUCAUUUGACCGGAGAUGCGUAUUUGACGUUAUUGGCGCUGGUGAUAAAUACUAUAUUUCAUCACAAGUCCGGAAAUCCUGUCAUUGCAAAGAGUUCCGACAAAUGUCUACCCGAGCCGAGGUGCAGCAAUUGCAAUGACGGUUCCGCACGUGUACUGAACAACUAUUUUUAAUACAGUUGCGACAAAAUUAAGCAAUAAUAAAACUAUUUGUUUUUUUCUAUCCUCUGCACGCAAGAAAUUCGUCGUAUGUAGAAAUGUAGCGACUUUUCCGGUAAAAUGUUCUCCAAUUAUACUGAGUUCCGGUGGUGUUAAUUCAAAUAACAUUUCGUCGAAAUUACUCUACAUUAUUUGAGCAACUGUAUUAAAAAAGCAAUUGCGUGGCACCUACAUGAUGUGAAAAGUAGCAAGUGGAACGGUAGUUUUCGUGUUUUUAUUUAUCAGGUUGUACGACAACGCAAUUAAUACAUUUAAAGAAUGAAAGUCAAAUCUAUAUACGUUUUGCUAAAUUAAUUUUUGACACUGCUCAAGGCAGACACGUUAAAGAAUUUAGGCGCUUAGUGUUUAGAUGGAAAUGUGUAAAUUUGAUGUCCAUAUGCAUUGAUUGAAUUUUUUUUGACAUAAAUGCCUGUUGGUGAAAUAGAUGGUUCCUAGGUUUAGAUAGAUUGAAAUGUGCCUAAUAUGUUCAAUUUAUAUAGGUGGUUGAUUUUUUAAAAUAUUCUAGAAUUUUUUAAAAAUAUUUCUAGAAUAAAAAUAUUUUUAUGUGGUUAAAAAUGUUUAUGAAUCGCUUAGUAAACCUUAAGUCAAUUUUUGAUAAUUUGUAUUCAAAUUAAAUAAAUUAUUGCCGCCAUUUAGCCAAUUAAAAAUCUAAAGUAGAAAAUAUAUUUAAUAUUACGAGAAUUUGUAUUUGCUUUGGUAGAAGACCUCCAAGCAACCGAAAACCUCCUUAUCAGCAGCGCUAGUUUGUAAAACCGAUUUCAAUAAUUGUUUAGAAUUGGCACUAACAACCGAGGUAAUCAGUACGAAAACCAAUUUUGAUGAAGUGUUAAUAUCCAUAGCGCUAAUACUAAAUUGGAAUUACUACUAAAAUCAAUAUUAAAAUCGGAAUUGCUAUUGAAGUUGCUGGGUUAGCUUGCUAAUAAUUUAUGUUGUAAUGUGUAUGUAAGUAAUGUUUUUAGACUUGAGGUUUAUGAGUAUGUUUUCAAGGUAUUUCACAUUUCAUAAUUAUAUUUCGCUGUUGUGUAUUCUGUUGUCUAUUGAUGAAGUCUACCGUUAUAAAAGUAUCCUGUUAUUAAUCUUGUUGUAAAUGCAAAUCAAUAAAAUAUUUGUCAUCAA